GCAUCAGAACACACAUCCAUGGAAAUGUACUAUUUGCCCUUUUCACAUUCAGUAUGGUGACCAGAAGCCCCUUUGGCUGUUUUCCACAGACGAGGAUGAGGACUUGCUGAACUUGACCUAUGAGUAUGAGAAGCAGUGUAAGGUGGCGGCAGGCCGGGUGAAGAAGCGAGUCAUAACCACAGUGAUAAAUAGUGAGGGGAGGCUUGUCCUGGCACACCGGUUCUUCAAGCCACUUCCUCCUCCACAGGAAGUUGUACUGGACACCCCCGACAAUAGCAUGUCUGUUCUCGAGAGGGUGGCAGCUUUUGUGUCCCUGAUUCCCACCUUUUCCUUCCCAUCGGACGUUGGUGACAGUGGGGACAUGUGGCUCACCUCAGAGCAAUGCUUGGAGCUGGCUAUGGGAAACCAUAUCAGUUUGGCAGUUCUGCUGUGCAACUUCUUUCAUGACCUGACGGUAAAUGGGUGGCUUCUCCUGGGAACAUCUGUCAUAGAGGGAGAGACCACCUAUGUCCUUACUCAAGAGAACACUUGGUUUGUGUUAUGGAACCCCAGAGAUGGGAAGCACUACCAGUCAUACGACUCCUUCUGUCCUCUAAAGACUGUCGACUGUCUGGUCAAUGGUGAAAAUGUGUGGUUCCAUCUCCAACCAACAAGAAAGAUGCCCAUCACUUUUGACGUAUCAAAUAAUGCCACAUGGAAACCCUUACUCCCCAAAGGAUUCAACUCGGACUCAUCCUCAACGCCAACAGAAAUUAAAUACCGUCCCCCUCAAAUAGAUCUGGUCAAUCACCUUCAAAGAAGGCUGGAGAUGAAACUGAAAAGUUGUGUGAUGGAAUGGAGAAGCCCCCACCCGACACGCUGGAGCCCCCGCUGUGCAGCCAUGCUCUCGGAGGUCAUGCAGAAGCUUGAGAAGAACCCAGCUUCUGACACAAUAGCGCUAGAGAUAGACAGGCUGCUGGACACCAUGAAGGAUUACAAGGUGACUGGUUUCCCCAUUCAUAUGGCCUACCAAGACAUGAGCACAGUAAUCGAGGCGGUCUACAAUACCAGAAUCCACAGCACUGAGAUCCCUGGGACAGAGUUUGCUCUCUCCACCUACAUCCACCCAUACCCCAACCACAUCCUGUCGGUGUGGAUAUUCCUGGCAACGCUGGUCAAACACCAGCAUGGCGUGUUCUAUGUUCCUUCAGUACACAAGCACUGAGACAUCCUGGUUGUGUUCAUUAGGCACCAAAUGGAAGGAAACUGACAAAACGGGGAGGGACUACCUAAAACCCUUAUGUUACUUUCUUUUGCAUGCCCGUAUGAACAAAAUCUCUGCCUUUCAGGGUCAGCUUUUCCUAGUCGUUUUUCUACUGUGGGGAAAGGAAUGCAGAGCAAUUCAGACCAAGUGAUUGAAUCCACAAACCUGUACAUAGCAAAUUAAUGGAAAUACUUCAAUAAAAUUGUCCAUAAAUAUGCCAGCAACAUGAACCUAUAUUUGUUAAACCCUUGAUUAGCACAUAUCCGGUAUGUUUAAGUUCACAAUAUGGUUUGUGAAAUGUUUUAGGCAAUAUUUGUUGAUGUAUGCAUAAAGCCUUAUAUGCCAAUAAUAUGAUGCAUAAUUAAAAAAUAAACCAGAAGUACAACUGACAGGCAUUUUAUUUAAAAGUACCAUAUUAGAAGUACACAGCACUCGCUGCCAUUCCGCAUGCACAGGAAGGUGUUGACAUGACACAUUCCCUCCAAAUUAGUGCUCGAAACACAAAACAAUGAAAACUAUACUUCCUGAACAUUGCAGAGAGCACCGUUCAAGAGCAAAGGUCAACGUUAACAUUUGAGGUAGCUUCUGGCAGAGUGAUGCGGGUUCCUCUAUCAAACUACAAAAGUAACCCCUCGAGUUCAAUACUGAUAUAAGAUUCCCAUUAUUACUCAUGGCGCCAGGGAAUGAAAAGAGAACAUACAUUCAAUGCUUCUGAGGUAUCUUAGCUUAAAUAAAUGCAGCACAGUCUCUUGUCUAUAGUGCAAUUAAAUUAUAGCUAAUGCAGAGUGUUGGGAAAAGAACCCUUUGCACAUGACAACCAUGCUUGGUGAUAACUCAAUCAUAUUGGUUUUGAAAAGAAGAACACACCUUCGGCAGGUUAGCACCGGAAUGAUACAUGACAAAUAACAAUAUUGCACAUUUGUGGAAUAUUAUAUUGCACAUCUUAACAUAGAAGAAAGUGCUUAAAUCGCAUCAUAACUUCUCGAAUUAAAAAAAAAAAAAAAAAAAA